CUUUCAUCGCUAUAACAACCACGGGGCGGUCUGCUCCGUGCGCCUCCAUGGCACAGCUCCGCCGCAGCAGCAGCCUGGAUGCAGCGACUGCCAGGUGUCAUCCUCCGACCUCAGCUCACCGCGCACCGCCUGCCUCUGCUCACGGAGGAGGAGGGGGCUCCAGGGGAGAGCCUGCCCGUAUUUCCCCGUCACAGUGAACUGAGCAGUGGGGAAGCUCACGCCGCUGAACCGCUACGUCAAAGAGAUUAGUCAAAUAACCUCUCGGACUGUCGGACAUAGCUCCUCUCCUCGAGCCUGGAUGUCAGUCUGUAGCGCACUGACAAGCGGAUAGACACCACAGCACUUUUGUUUCUCUUUUGUUUUUUAAGGGAAGGGGCUGCCUGCCUGCCUGCCUGCUUGGGUGAGGUGAGGCAGCUGUAGUGUAGGGCUCCUCCGGCGUCUUCUUCUUUAUCUCUUGCCUUUCCGCCCCCACCAUCGUCGCGACGAAAUGGCGAAAGAAAACGGCGAGUCCGGUGACGGUUCUUCAUGGAAAAAGCACGUCGAUGAUAUCAAGAAAAUCUUUGACUUUAAGGAAGUCCUUGGCACAGGUGCGUUUUCGGAGGUGGUGAUGGCUCGGGAGAAGGCCACGGGGAAAAUGGUGGCUAUCAAAUGUAUCCCCAAAAAAGCACUCAAGGGGAAGGAGACCAGCAUCGAAAAUGAGAUUGCAGUGCUCAGAAAAAUAAAACAUGAAAACAUUGUGGCCCUGGAGGAUAUUUACGAAAGUUCAAACCACCUUUACCUCAUAAUGCAGCUGGUGUCAGGAGGCGAGCUCUUUGAUCGCAUUGUCGAAAAGGGCUUCUACACAGAGAUGGAUGCUAGUCGUCUCAUCCGACAAGUGCUGGAUGCAGUAAACUAUCUUCACUCCAUGGGGAUAGUGCACCGAGACCUAAAGCCAGAGAACCUGCUCUACUUUAGCCCCCACGACGACUCAAAGAUCAUGAUCAGUGACUUUGGUCUGUCCAAGAUGGAGGGCACCGGAGAUGUGAUGGCAACUGCCUGUGGGACCCCUGGAUAUGUGGCCCCUGAGGUAUUAGCACAGAAGCCCUACAGCAAGGCCGUGGACUGCUGGUCUAUUGGAGUUAUCGCAUACAUUCUGUUAUGUGGAUACCCGCCCUUCUAUGAUGAGAAUGACUCCAAGCUUUUCGAGCAGAUCCUGAAGGCGGACUAUGAGUUUGACGCACCAUACUGGGACGAUAUAUCAGACUCUGCCAAAGACUUCAUCAGCUCACUCAUGGAGAAGGACCCAGAGAAGCGCUUCACAUGUGACCAGGCACUGGAGCACCCCUGGAUUGCUGGAGAUACAGCUCUCUGCAAGAACAUCCAUGAAUCUGUGAGCCGACAGAUGAGGAAAAAUUUUGCCAAAAGCAAAUGGAGGCAAGCCUUCAAUGCCACAGCCGUAAUUCGGCACAUGAGGCGUCUGCAGCUGGGCACUAGUUUUGGCAGCAGUAUCUCCAGUUCUAACUCAGUAUCAGCACCUCAAAGCCGUGGCCCGGCCAAGAGUCAGUCUGUGGACUGUGCCCCUCUCUCCCUCAAGGACUGUGCUCCUAUUGCCCCCCUGCCCUCUGCUGUCAAAGCCUACACUCAGGACUCAGGCCCCCCCUCCCCGGUGCGAGAGGAGCCCCCUGUGGUGCCAGAGGUGCCCCGGCCGCGCCCCUCCACGGUCACAGUCAUCCACACUGGGACUAAAUGACGCCAGGUUCCGCGGGAGGUCAGCUGGGAGACUACGGAGCUCUGAGACGGGACAACUUCACCUGGUCUCAAAAAUCCAAAUCGUCUGUUCACCCAGUUUGCCCAUCCCGCCGCCUCCUGUCUGUUUUAAAGGAGGAAUUCAUUAAAAAAGGGGCUUCAUUCACCACGGUACAGAGGGCGCUUGCCUUGUGGCCGUCAUUGAGAGCUAGAAGUGCAGUGUUGAAAGGAAGGCUCCUUGUUUUCGUUGUGGGUGUUUAACCUACAUCACUGCUGAAGGUGUCUGGGCUGGGACAUCCCACACAAACGGUUACUCAAAGCUGCUGUUGUUUUUGACUGUGAGGAGCAUCUCAAUAUGAGGUUCUCCCUUUGUAUUGCCUUGUGUAAAUAUAUUCUGCCUGGACUUCUUGUGGAGUGGAGUAAUGUUAUGCAAGUGAAUCAUAAGCUUGAAGCGCUGGUAAAUAAUCGUGACUGCAUCUGCACUCCUCUGACAGCUCUUGUAAAGAUGUUGUGAUAUUUGAUUUUGCUACACAGGGUCAUAGCUCCCACCAGUAAAGACAGUUGUGUUGUUUAUUUGCUUAAUGGUGCGUGGACUGACCUGUGUGCUUCAAUAGACGAUCAGAUCUUCUUGUUUCUGAGGCCUCACAGACAUCUUUCAGUUUGUUGUUCCAGGGACGUUCGGUCAAAGGACUGGCCACCUUUUAUGAAAUCUGAAAUUGUGUGUUUUAAUAGCCUUAUAUGUGGUACUUGUUGCCAUGCCAUUCGAUUCAAAAGAGCUCCACGUGCUCAUUUCAAACAACUUAAAAAAAUAAAGUACAGGACUUAACGUUAACAAAUUGGCUUUGAAUUGUAAAAGCAAACAUGUACCACAAAUUCCCACUUUAGAAUUUGGGCUACCACAGUUUUAGAACCACUGUCUUACAUUAUAUUGACCCCUCAUAAUUUGGUCCGAAAUUACUACACCACUCACUGUUUGCUUUGGAGCCUUAAUCUGUGUAAUCAAUGAAACAUUAAAAAGACACAAAAUGGCAUCAUCUUCAAGUGGCUGGUCCUUUUUGGAACAACUAGAAUGAUGUUUUCAACCCUCAGCGACCUGGGGUACUGUGUUUGCUCAUGCUACAAUCAUGGUGCGAUUUACUGAAGGGACAAUUGUAACGAAUUAUUUAUUUUCUUACAACGUAUCAAUGACUUUUGUAAGAAAUUGUAAAUGUGUAUCAAAACAUUACACUGAAUGAUAUAAAUAUGUGACAAUUUCAGCUUUAGUUGUUUUGGAUAUUGAUUUUGACUGUGAAAUUCUCCUCCACCACAAGGGGGCAACAAUGUGUUGUGGCUUUAUGACCAUUUCUCAGGGAAUGUGCUUUAACAUGAAGUGAACCAAACCUUUACAGUGAUCAUGCCGCGCUGGUGUUUGAGAUGGGUCUAAAACAGAAACGAAAGUAUCUAAACGCAGCAUAUUGUUCUGUACUGUGCCAUUGGGUGACCAUUUUAUUUGAGUGAAUCAUACGUGGAUGGUUUCCCUUUAAAGAAAAUCAGAAUACAGGUGCAUCUCAAAAAAUAGUUGGAGAUUUUGAAAAAAACAACAACCAACCAACCAAACAAACAAACAGAUUUGCACAUUCAAGCCAUUUAAUUUACGUAGAUAUGUGAGCAUUUCAUUUAUUUCACAGAAAAAAUAUUAUGAAGAAGAAAAUUAUCUAUACCUCUGCUAAGGCAUUAAUGGUAUCUUGCAAUGUUCAAAAUAUGAGCAUGAACACAAAUACCUAGUACAGGGAUGUCUAUGGAGGCACAGAACCUGAAUAUCGCUGUGGGACUUACGUUUUUUGACAUGCACCUGUAUAAUUUUUUAUUGAAAAUAUUUAACUGAUGUCUGUACUCAAAAGUGACAAAUAAUGAAUGCAAAUUUACUCCAAUGUAUCUUGAUAAAGAUUGUUCCUAUUUAAGCCGAAUAUUUAAAACUCAGUGGUGUGCAGUUCAGUGCUUGAAAUAUCGUGGCUCGUGUCAAAACAGCUCACUCAGUCUCUCUAUGUAAUCACUGUGCUUUCAUACAAACCUGUUGAAUUUUACAGACUUUGCACUGCCAGGAGAAUUCUGUCUUGUAUUUUCUCUGUGGCUAUAGCUGUUUUUGAUUCGUAAUAUCCAGUCAAUGUGAUGUCAGAACAUUCUGGAUGGAAGGUAGGACAGAUGUAGUUAAUUAGUUACUCUGAAAAUAUUUUAGUCUAGUUCAUGGUUAAUACUAUUGGUGGAAUUAUAGGGCUCAUCAAAGUGAAACAAAAACUUGCACAAUAUUACAAAUUUUCUCUGCCAACACUAAGGUGAAAGGAUUUUUUAAGUAAAAGUAAGAUAAUGCGUAAUACAGUCACACAGGGAAGACUGCUGUUAGUAUAGGGCAUGUGCCCAUACUAUAGAGUUUAUUAAGUGUAUUGUUUAAAUAUAAAAUUUCAAGGUUUUUCAUAAUACUGUACGAUGGAAAACUGACUCCUUCCUUCCACCUUGGAUAUGGCAUCACCAGAUUCUAGACGGUGAAAACAACCCCUUCAUCAGAACCUCUUGAGGGCUUUCUGAACAUUUCCAAAAAUAUAUUCUAAUCUUGUGACAAGCCUUUACUGUAAAUACAAAUCUCAACAACAGUCUGUUUGGGUCUUGAGUGUUUAUUCUGUCUUCCCACUAAUUUUCCCUUAAAGCAAGAAAAGAAAUCUAAAAUCUGUUAGUAUGCAUGUUUUAAAAUGUUCUUUGUAGAUGCAUGUAUUAAAAACAGGCUUGUUUGCAA